AUGGCUGAUAAGGGAGGGCUGCUGGAGGCCCAGCAGGCCCUCUCCUCCCUCAUCAGCAGCAAGAGGCGAUCCAGCGGAGAGAACUGGAGUCAUGCCUUUGACAUGAUGGCGUCCUACCUGCAGCGUCUCGGACUGGACAGGCAGCUGCACAAGCUGAGCGUCAUCCACAUUGCGGGCACCAAGGGCAAGGGGUCUACGGCGGCCAUGGUGGAGAAUAUGCUUCGCCAGUGUGGGUACACCACCGGCCUGUUCACAUCCCCCCACCUCAUGGAUGUCCGCGAGCGCAUUCGUAUCAAUGGUGAACUGGUGGAUGAGGCCACAUUCCUACGGAACUUCUGGUCGGCAUUCAACGAUUUCUCGGAUGGCAGCACGCCAGAAUCCCCUGGCAUGCCUGCCUACUUCCGUUUCCUCACCCUGCUUGGCCUGAAGAUAUUCCUUGAGCAAAAUGUGGAUGUUGUGAUUUUGGAAGUGGGCAUCGGCGGGCGUCUCGAUGCCACCAACUGCAUCAGGAGCCCUGCAGUCUGUGGCGUUAGCCCCCUUGGAUUCGAUCACAUGGACCUCCUCGGACACACCCUGCCCGUGAGCUGA